AUGGCUGCGACAGCGGCUCCCGGCGAAACCGCCUCACCUGUGGCGGUUGUCUGUGUUGGCAUGGCAGGCUCGGGCAAGACGACGUUUAUGCAACGAAUCAACUCAUAUCUACACUCUCAGCGAAAGGCGCCAUAUGUCCUAAACCUAGACCCGGCAGUGCACUCGGUUCCGUUCGAGAGCAAUAUCGAUAUCCGGGAUUCGAUAAAUUACAAGGAGGUAAUGAAGCAGUACAACUUGGGGCCGAAUGGGGGGAUUCUGACAUCCUUGAACCUGUUUGCCACCAAGAUCGAUCAAAUCAUCGCCCUGCUAGAGAAGCGCACGGCUCCGACCGACCCCGCCAACACCAGUGGACGGCCGAUCGAGCACAUCCUAGUUGACACCCCCGGCCAGAUCGAGGUCUUCGUAUGGAGCGCCUCGGGGAGUAUCUUCCUCGAGACGAUGGCGUCCUCGUUCCCUACAGUGAUUGCGUAUGUGAUUGACACGCCGCGAACCAGUUCUACCAGCACGUUCAUGAGCAACAUGCUGUACGCCUGCAGCAUCCUGUACAAGACUAAGCUGCCGAUGAUUCUGGUAUUCAACAAAACGGAUGUCCAGGAUGCAGAGUUCGCUAAGGAGUGGAUGACCGACUUUGACGCCUUUCAGAAUGCUCUGCGUCAGGAGGAGGAAGCCGGCGCCUUUGGAGCGGAAGGUGGUGCCGGUGGAUUUGGCGCGGGCAGUGGGUACAUGGGGUCGCUGCUCAACAGCAUGAGUUUAAUGCUAGAGGAGUUCUAUCGCCAUUUAAGCGUCGUAGGGGUUAGCUCGAUGACCGGAGAUGGCGUGGAGGACUUUUUCCAGGCGGUGGAGGAGAAGCGGCAGGAGUUUGAGCGAGACUACCGCCCGGAGCUGGAGCGCAAGCAACAGGCUCGCGCCGAGGAGGCCUCGCAGCGACGAGAGGUCGAAUUGGGUAAGCUCAUGAAAGAUAUGGCUGUGUCGAACAAAAAGGCGCCUCGGAGGGACGCGCCCGAAACAGUGAGUGACGCAGAGGAAGACCCACUGGACGACGAUGCCAUUGGUGGUAACGAGAGCGACGGACUGUCGGGGGAUAGUGAUUCUGCUUCCGCGGUAGGGGACGAUACUGGUCUUAGCCAGCGAUACCAACAGGCGCUGGGAGAGUCCUCGGAGUCGCAGCAGCUGACUCAAGAGGAGCUCAGCUUCAUGAGGUACCUGCGUACCAGCAACCCUCAGUAA